CGAUUUAUUUGGUUGUCGUCAGCAUUAGCAUUUUAGUCCCUGCUUGGGCAUUCAAUCGUACUACGCAAUACCAACAAGACUAUUCAUCGUUCAUCGACAGAAAUAGUCAAGAUGUCGCUGAAAGACGAGUUUGCGACGAGGAACUUCAGUAUCUAUGGACAAUGGCUCGGUAUCUUGUCCAUGAUCCUAUGCUUUGCGCUGGGCAUUGCGAACCUCUUUAACCUCUUCGGCCACUUUCUCCUUAUCAUCUUCUCCAUCCUUGCUCUGGUCUCUUGUUUCAUCAUCCUCUUCGUCGAAGUGCCCCUCCUACUCCGAAUCUGCCCUACUUCGGCUUCUUUCGAUGCCGCAAUCCGCAAAGUCUCGACCAACUACAUGCGUGCUGCUGCUUACGGCGUGAUGGCUGCCGUCCAAUGGGUCAGUCUCGCAGUCGCCGUCAGCAGCCUGAUCGCUGCCGCUGUUGUCCUGACAUUUACCGCUCUAUGCUACACUCUUGCUGGUGUCAAAGGCCAGGCCUUCGUCGGAAGCAAGACCUUGGGCGGCGCGGGCGUUGCGCAGAUGAUCGUAUGAUCAAUUCAUGAUGCAAACGAAUCAACGACCUCGAACGCUUUAGAGCGGUACACGUCUCUCUAGCUUGUGCAGGAACAGUUGGUGGAAGGU